GAUGGGUUGGUUGGCGGAAUGUUUCCACCGUUUGUGGCUCUCGUCUGUCGUUUGGUUGGAAGUUUGCCAACGGUCGCUCUAGGGCAGGUUACGACGAAACGGGCGAAAACGUUGCUAAGACGGAGGUGGAGUUGUUGCUUGCUGUUGCUGAAAUGGGCUGGGGUUGUCCAGUGCGAACCAGAAUUUGCCAUGCAACCGGCUGAGGAAGUGCUGGUGAGGACAGGUGUAUGUAUGUAUGGAUGGAGACUGAUAGACCGAUUGGACUGACUGACUGGCUGUUGUAGGCAGAGAAGGUAAAACGGAUGGAGAUCUUUGCGGGAAACAAAAAGUGCUUUUGUUAUUUAUUGCAGUACGGUGGACUGAUCCCAGCUUAGUCAGUGGCUGAUCGGCGGUAGAAUCAGUUGUGUGUCGAGAAACAACAACAGCAAGCAAUCCCUCCAUUCCUAGAUCAGUUCUGGGGAACAGCCCAGACCUUUGAGGAAUCGGAGAAGACCUUAACCCUUCAGGGUGCUACAAAGCUAACAAGUUAGUGAAACGAACCGGAUUUAAGAUCGUGAUCUGUAUUGGAUAUUGCGCGCAUUCUAUCGACGAGAUAUCGAAAUCCAUCGACCAACGUGUGUAGAUUCCAACUGUCAACAUUUAAGAGUGAGUGCUUCAUCAAUUGUGUGUCGAGGUCAAUUAAACCAAAUCAAAACGGAAUUGGUUUGUUCUGCCAUCGACGACGAAAAAAAACACCCUCAACCAAAAAACAAAAAUCAAAAGUUCGUUGACAACCAGAAGGCGGCAAAGUGAGAACACAAUAGCAGGGCACAUGUGCAAUUUUUAUUGAUCAAAUUUAAUUGUGUUGCUAACGCUUGAAACAAAAACAACGCCGAAGGGCGCCAAAAGUGAAUCGAAAUCGAAUGUGUGUCCCAUUCCGGAAUUAGUACCAGAGCCCCAAAGAGUAGAUUUGUUUGGUUUGUGUGUUCCAGAAAUUAAUCUGUUAAGUGUAACCUCCCAGAGGAACGAAAAUAAACCAGAGAUAAAGCCACUGACAACGGAAACUUAAACGAGAAGAACUCGCAAAAAAAACCUUCAAAAUGCAACCCAUGGUGGAUAAACUGAAAUUCCUGUACAAGCCCUACGUUCUGGCAGUACUUACGAUAGGCUACAUUGCCGGCGAGUUGGGUCACUAUCUGAUCGGAGUUACAUCCCGGGCGACGGCCAUCGAGCUAGAUUAUGGAGACCAUGCCUGCCAGCAGAAUCACACCGAAGUCGAACGACACACGCUGCCUCAGCAGUGUGCCGACAUUAUCGUGGAACAUGAGUGCCACCAGCAACACCUGAACGGAACGGUUUACUGCGAAUGGAACCACAACGGGCUCGGCUUAGAAUACCAGCUCCUGGCCGGUCCCAGCUUCAUCGCCGUAUUCACGGUGAUGGGCGUGGUUCUAGGCUUUGCUGCCGAUCGCUUCAACCGGGUCCGGAUGCUGUGGAUCUGUACCUUGGUGUUCGCCAUUGCCAUCUUCCUGCAGGGUUCCGUUAAUGCGUACUGGCAGUUGAUUUUGCUACGUAUGGUGAUGGCAGCCGGUGAGGCGGGCUGUAACCCUCUGGCCACCGGUAUUAUGUCCGAUAUUUUCCCGGAGAGCAAACGUGCUCUGGUGAUGGCGAUUUUCAAUUGGGGUAUUUAUGGAGGAUAUGGAAUUGCUUUCCCGGUCGGUCGUUACAUCACCAAACUGGACCUGUGGGGUUUGGGAUGGCGAGUGUGCUACUACGGAACCGGAGUGCUUGCCAUCAUCAUGGCCUUUUUGACCGGAACCACCUUGAAGGAACCGGAGCGUCAGAGCAUUGGUGAAGAGGAUGCGGGCAAGCAGAAGGUAUCGCUGGUUAAGGUUCUGCUGCAGCCACGUGUCGUAUUGCUCAUGAUUGCCGCCUCGAUCCGACACUGCGGUGGAAUGACCUUUGCUUACAAUGCCGAUCUGUACUACAACAUCUACUUCCCGGAUGUGGAUCUCGGCUGGUGGCUCUUUGCCGUGACGAUCGGAAUCGGAAGUAUCGGUGUGGUUGUUGGAGGAGUUGUAUCGGAUCGGUUUGUGGCCAAGUUGGGAGUCCGAUCGCGAGUUGCCUGUUUGGCCAUCAGUCAGCUGUUGGCCACUCCAUUUGCCGUUGGGUCGGUCUACUUCGAACCACUCUGGGCAAUGAUCACCCUCGGAAUCAGUUACUUCUUUGCUGAGAUGUGGUUCGGAAUUGUUUUCGCCGUUCUGGUCGAAAUCGUCCCGGUCCAUAUGCGAUCGACCGUCAUCGGAGUGUUCCUGUUUGUGAUGAACAACAUCGGAGGCAAUCUGCCCAUCCUGGUUGAUCCACUGGCUAAGGCAAUCGGCUAUCGUGGCUCGGUCAUGUUCUUCUACGCCGGAUUCUACGGCAUCAGUACGGUACUGUUCUUCAUCACCAUGUUUUUCAUGGAGGGCCCGAAACCAGAACCGGUAGCCGUCGAAGAUCGUCGCAAUCCACAGGUUGAAAUGGGUCACGAGAACAGCACCUUCCAGGCGGACGAUUUCAUCAACGGAGUUGGAGGCCCCAAAGCACACCACAACGGACACAAUAUCGUUACCGUCAGGCCAACGGAAAGUAGCAGACUUUAAUCGGAUCGAAUCGCGCAAAAACUCACGGAAGAAAUUGGACCUGAUCACCUGAUUCGUGCCUAGCAUGCAGUAGUAGCCCGUAAUUAGGAUAUUCAAUGAACUAUCAUAGAUAACAGGUAGUAGCGCUGAGCUGCCACGACGAUUUGCUGAAGCAGAAAUCAAAGGAACGAACUGAGAUUGUUGUGACCCAGCGAGAGUACAAACCACCCACAAACCCGUCCCAUUUUACAAAGAAUCUCAUUCUUCCACAGUUUUACAAUGUGUAUUUUUGUUUCUUUUUUAACGAAUCGUGUCUCGCUCAGAUUUGGAUCUACGCAAAAUCUCAACAUUAUUUCUCAAGGUACUUAACGCAAUUCGUUCUAUGAAUGUUGUUUUGAGGAAACUGACGCCAGCGUUUUGCGUAGAACAACUUUUAUUUAUACACAAAGUGAUAAUUUAUAGUAUGUGUUUUUGAAUGUAAAACUGUAAAAACAGAUGAUGACGACGUCAACGAAUAGAAGUAAAGAACCAAUAAAUGCAAAAUUAAA